AUGGCCGCGCCGAGCAGCCACCACCAGAACCCCACCCAGACCUUCCGAGCCUGCGAACCCUCUGGAGCACCUUCGUGCUCACCUAGAAUCGUUACCAUCAAAGCCCACAAGGACCUAAUCACAGGACAGUACAUCAUCCUCUGGAAACAUAUUAAAGAGGUCUUCAAGAACGUCCAAUAUGUCAUGAACGGAGACCUUCAUGUGGCUCUCCUGACUGACGCCAACUUUGAAGACCUUGUUCCUGAACGAAUCAGCUAUCACCCAGGCGCGGUCCUCGAUGUUGUCCUCGAUGUUGCCCCCAAGGAUAUGCCGCCACAUAACACCCCAUCGAGACCCCAGAUGCCACCUCCACCCGAUUCUUCUGCGUCCGUUACAACACUAGUCGAAAGCCCCUACGCAAAGUAUGAAUGCGAAGAAUACGUACUCACAAAGCAAUGCGAUCCUAUGGACGAGGACUUUGUUGCAACAUACACCCAGGGCAUCAUGUCUGGCCGAAUCACGGAGGCCAAGCUUAUGAGCAUGUUUCAGGGCUUUGAAGAAGACAGGAUCAGAACCAACAACUUUCAGAUCAACACUACCGACAGGCUUCAAAAGAUCCUCAAUAAUGUUACCUACAUCAAAAAGCGCAUCGAGCAUGUCAUUUCCCAAAACUAUGAGCUGCACGAGUACCCGAUUCCAAGACUAUUCAUCGUCUUGCCCAGGGAUCCUCGACGGAGGGACUGGCUUCUCAAACCGUUCAAGAAGCAGUUCCGGCUUUAUUUUCUCUGUGAGUGCGGCGAGCAUACAUCAUCCAAAGAGAGCAGGAUCUUCCACAAAAUCCAUCUGGCAAAGCACGAAGGCUACGACUUGGACCGGCCGACCGAGUUUUUCGCAAAAUAUGGCCGGUAUGCGCUGACCAUGCUCCAAAUGGUCCAGACAGGCUGCAAGAUCGCCGGGAUGGUCGUGCCAGCCUUGAACUUGUUCAGCGUUGAAGGAGUGACCGAUAAGGUGGAGAAAUCCCUCGAUGCUGUAAGGGCUAGCUUUGGAUCCGUCGUCGAUGAGAUGAUCACAUACAUUCAAGGACUGCCGACCGAUUCGAGCUACGAUCCGGAGCGGACAGACGGCCAGCUCGAGCUCGCUCAGUUGGAGGCCCUCGCGGGAGCGGAUCUUCGCCAGCUCGAGUCAUUCUUGGAAAUCAAGGACGAGGGUCGUGUCCUCGGGAACCUUUACAGGAUCGUCACUGGCGAGGGGCAUGUCAAGUGGGUCUGCAUAGAUCAUUAUCGCGAGAAUUAUCGCGAUAUGGCCAUGGUGCCGCUGAGAAAAGUUGUCGAGUCCAACGGUGGAGUGCUCAACGAGCAGUACGGGAGGAUCAAGAUCUCGGUGUCAUCCAGAGACGUAGCCAAAAAAUUUUACGAGGCCAUGGUCAAGGCACGCGGGAUCCGGGAACUGGACAUGUCACUCGCCUGGGAUGUUACCACUAGUGACCUAAGAGAACUCAAAGACGCCGUCAGUAAAGCCAUCAUUACCCAUCUGACUUUGAACGGCAGUUCCCUCCAGAGCCCCUCGAAAGCGCGCGGAUUGAUAAGCGCCAGUCGUCGUUUCGAGCCUAUCAUAGAACUCAUGAGCAAUCUAACCAUCCAAUCCUUACGACUCGAGCACUUUGACGAUUUUUUCUCCCGGAUCACCAAUGUCGCUACAAAAGUAUCUCAGCUCAAGGUGCUAUCGAUUGACGCCAAAAUUCCGCUCAAGGAAGGCAGUCCUUCCUUUGCACUUGAAAAAACGUUGGAAAACUGUCCCUCGUUAACCGAACUGACUCUCCGAAGCGACUGCGUGUGGACCACCUACAGUUUUGUCACUAGGCUGAACCCGAACCAUAAGCUCAACAAAAUGGUCCUUAAGUUUGCCAUGCCUUCUAUGAUCAGGCUCAGCGACUCCACCAUAACCAUCCGCUUUUCUCAAGGCAAGAUCUUGGCCGCAAUCGCAGACCUCUCCAAUAUCCAUGACGUUACCUCUCAAUCGCAUUUCCUGAACAAGGGUCUCCUGACAGAGCUCAAAAUCAGGCACAUUUCUACCGAUGCUUCCAGCGUCGAUCGACUCGCAGCACUUCUGAGGUGCAGUCCCAAGAUAGACAGGAUCGAGGUUACGAGUGGUGCAGGGAGCUUCCACAACAUUUUCAGCCUGAUCAAGGAUACACGCCAGAAAAUGAUCUCCGAUAGGCUCACCUCUGCGUUGCGCGAGCUACGACUACAAACACACGACCCCGGCACAGAGAGCGACGGCAAUCAUCAUAUAGAUGCUGCGAUCAUGACCGUAUUUUUCUCAGGCACCUCAGGCGAGUUCGACAUGUCGACCGACGUAAGGAUGAGCUCUCAGGCCUCCUCCUCUAUUGCUUCCGGCGUCGCGAACCUUCUGGAUAUGUAUGGUUGGUCCAUCAAGAAAUUGGUCGCUGGCAAGUCGUUCAGUAACUAUCAUGUCGAACUCCUCGAAAAAUACGCCCGCGAAGGAGACUGUGGCCCUCGGCAUCUGAGAUUGGAUCUCACCUCGGUAACACAGGUCGCCCUUGAGAAGAUGGAUUCAGUUGUUGACUGGCCUGACUACCUCGAAGACCUUCAAAUGGAGUUCCAGGAGCUGGGUAAUGCUGCCCAACAGGAAAAGAUCCAACGGUGCCUAAUCCAGUAUGGAGACCGUCUCAACGGCCUGACUCUCCGAGGCGAUCACGCAGCAGAAUGGCUUACCAGCAUCAGCAAGAUGCUCCCUGAGCGGCGCUAUCUUCCAAAACUCAACAAUUUCGAAAUCGUUUGCGUGAAGCGGCAAUCCGUCCCUACAACGUGCGCAAAAUGGCUGGCAGGGAUUCUGCAGGCACCUGUCAUCCCACCCACUGCCGCUACACCGUCCUCGCCCCAAUCUGAUCCACUUGUGAGUCCAUCCUGGCCAUGGAUGCCAUUGCGUGAUGUACGCUUAGAGAACAUGGAGUUUUCUGCGGAUGAUUGGAACUUAAUCAUCCAGGCGGUCGACUUCUCAACGUUGGAGACCCUGAGCUUCGAAAAUACGAAUUUUGGGCUCCAGCAAAUGCGAGUCCUUACGGAAGUAAUUCCUCAGAACGGCGUUGAGGUGUCGCUCAAGUCCCUGCAUGUGAAGGGCUCAGCUUUGGCGCGAUGCAGAGAUAUGGUGGAGCUGAAGGAGGUGGAAAUCGCGUUCAAGGAGAAGACAUUAGUGACUGAGAUUAAGGAUUUCCCAUUAAUUUAG